CUCCACGGCAGAUUAUGAGUUUGAUGAAGAACUUGAUGACUGUGAAGGACUUCAUUACUCUGAUUCAUUUGAUGUCUACUCCUCUGGGAUUUCUGACUUUGAUGUUUCUGACUAUGAUUAUUAUUUUGAUGAUUUUGAGGACUUCACUCUCUGGGACAUGGAUUCUGACUAUGCAGCUUUCCUUGGGCUCUGUUGAUAGAUGGUCCCUAUUAGCUGCAUCUAUCAUGCAUGUGAUGCUAGUCCAUCCACUGGAGCAGCUGCAGGAAAUUUCGAUUGAAAGGGCUCUAGCCUUUUCUGUUCUUUGCAAAUUGUUUCUGUUUGGUGCUCUGCGGCCAGGAGCAUUUUGGACUCCAAAAUUCCCUUACUGCGGGGUAGACCUUCAGGACACCAGCCCAUGGCUUUGCAUAUAUGUACUUUCUUCCUAAUCCCUGUGCGUGGGUAUUUAAGCUUGUUUUAAUACUGUCUUGUGGCUGUUGUUAAAUUUGCACCUUAUGGAGACGGCAAUACCCUGUCUCUCUUUUUUACAUAAUGUGCCCAUCCUUUGAAAUUUUACUUCUAAUAUUUUCCAUGGACGGAAUUACAAUUUUUUGUUU